GUGUGUGUGUGUGUGUGCUCGCGCCUGUUCUGCUUUGAUGCUGGCAGACGGAGCUGGCUGAGUCACAGAGGAAAGGAGCCGCAGGCAUGCAGGGGAGAGGAGCGGAGAGAUGGCUCAGUCUCGUCCACGUGUUUCCCAUGGAUCCUGAGAGGCCUGGAGCGGAGCAGUGCCGAGGCGCGGCUCUCUCUCCCUGAGCCCCGAGGCCUGACAGCCCGAGCUCGCGUCACGGAGAACAGGCUUCAGUGGCUUCAGUCAGUUUCUUGGAGCAUCGCAGUACCUGCUGAUGGGUUGCACAAAGUUGGGGCUGAUGGUUCAGAUGCUUGCUGACGUCUGACAACUUUUGCAGGGGGUCUUGCUGAAGUGUUACUUUUAGGACUUGUUCUUCUGUAAAGUAGGAUAACUCCGAAGAUGAGCGCUCGCUAAAGUUGGUUGUCCUUGAUGUGGCUCUUGGAGGAGCCGUUUCUGGUGGCCUGGCCAUGAAUAAGCUGCGGCAGAGUUUCCGCCGGAAGAAAGACGUGUACGUGCCGGAGUCCAGUCGGCCGCACCAGUGGCAGACCGAUGAGGAGGCCGUGCGCAGCGGCAAGUGCAGCUUUGCUGUCAAGUACCUGGGCCAUGUGGAGGUGGAGGAGUCCAGAGGGAUGCAUAUCUGUGAGGAUGCGGUGAAACGGCUGAAGACGGACAGAAAGUUCUUCAAGGGCUUCUUUACAAAAGCUGGGAAGAAACCAGUAAGGGCAGUGCUCUGGGUGUCAGCGGAUGGUUUACGGGUGGUAGAUGAUAAGACAAAGGACCUGAUUCUGGACCAGACAAUAGAGAAGGUGUCGUUCUGUGCACCAGACCGGAACUUUGAGCGGGCGUUCUCCUACAUCUGCCGAGACGGCACCACGAGGCGCUGGAUCUGCCACUGCUUCAUGGCCAUCAAGGACUCGGGAGAACGUCUGAGUCACGCUGUGGGCUGUGCGUUUGCUGCGUGCCUGGAACGCAAGCAGAAGCGAGAAAAAGAGUGUGGCGUCACUGCAACAUUCGACGCCAAUCGCACUACGUUCACGCGAGAAGGCUCUUUCCGUGUAACCACGGCAACUGAGGCAGCUGAACGGGAAGAGGUCAUGAGACAGCUACAGGAUGCGAAAAAAGCGGAGGUGGACAUCAAAGUUUCCACGACGACGGCGGCACCCUCAAUCAAUCAAGGUGUGGUGGGCCCCUCUUCCCCCUCCUCCGCCUCCUCCUCCCCACCGCUGCCCGGCGGGCCACUGGGCUCCCAGGACUCUAACCCCCACGCCAUCCCUCGCCGCCACGCCCCAGUGGAGGCGCUGGCUCGCCAGGGCUCCUUCCGCGGCUUCCCUGUCCUGAGCACCAAGACCUCACCCUUCAAGCGGCAGCUCUCGCUGCGGAUGAACGAGCUGCCCUCCACCGUGCAGCGCAAGUCCGACUUCCCCAUGAAGAACACCGUUCCUGAGGUAGAGGGCGAGGGCGACAGCAUCAGCUCCUUGUGCACUCAGAUCACCUCCGCCUUCAGUGGCCCCGCCGAGGACCCCUUCAGCUCCGCCCCCAUGCCCAAACCCGGCUCGUCGCCCCAGUCUCCCACUGCCCCAGUGAAUGGCUCAGCUCCUGCCUUCCCCCCUCCCCCUGUUCCUGCCCCAGUCCCUGCCCCUGCCCCUGCUCCUGUUGUAACCGUUAAUGCCCCAGCGCUGCCUCCUCCUCCGCUGCCUGCACGUGAAACUAACCCCUGGGCCAAAGCACCUGUGGCCCCCACGGGUCCAGCUCUUGCAGGAGGAGGAGACUGGAGCAGCCCUGCUGCCGGUGUGGCCUCCCUGCCCAUCAGCACUCUGACGCCCCCUGCAGGCCCCGCCGCCUCGCACAGACGCACCCCCUCCGAGGCCGACCGCUGGCUGGAGGAGGUGACCCGGUCUGUGCGCGCCCCGCAGUCCUCCACGCCCCCCGCCCAGCCGUUCCCCGCAGCAGCGCCUGUGGCUGCCCCCAUGGUGCCUGCCGCUGCCCCCCCCAUGGCCUUCAUGCCCCCCAUGCCCCCUCCAGCGGUGCCCAUCCUGCCGCCGCGCCAGCCUGCCUUCCACCCCCAGCCCUCGGCGCCUGCCUACCCGAUGGCUAAUGGUCUGCCCUACGGUCAACCCAGCGUGCCAGUGGUGGGCAUCACUCCCUCCCAGAUGGUGGCCAACGUCUUCGGCUCCCCUGCCCAGCCACAGCAGCUGCCUGCCCCAGGGCCUUUCUUGCCCCCCGUCCCCCAGCAGUUUGACCCCCACAGCGCCUUCGGCAAGCCCCCGAUGCCCCCAGUGCCCAUCAGUGCCCAGGCCAGCGUCAGCAUCAGCCUUCAGCCGCCCAACGGCAACGCCGCCUUCAACGGCACUGAUGGCUGGGCCGGCCCCGCCGCUGCCUCCUCCGUGGGCUCGCCGGCGCCCCCGCAGCCCCCACAAGCCGACGCCUUCGAGGCCCAGUGGGCGGCGCUAGAGAGCCGCACGCACCAACGCACCACGCCCUCCCCCACCAACCCCUUCUCCAGCGAGCUGCACAAGACCUUUGAGAUCCAGCUCUGAGAGGGGAUCAGGCGGGCGUGCCACGCCGGGGGGUCCAGGGGGCCACGGAAGCAGGGAGGUGGCGAUGACGAGGAUGUUCAGACGGACAGACGGUAAUGGCGGCACGAGGCGGGCAGUGUGAGGACUAGAGAGAGAGCUCCUGUCCAUCCUCCAUGGUCUUUUGAUGCCACCCUGUCCCUCAUUACCAUUGCCUCAUUUCUCUCCAUUAGCCCCACAGCUCUCUCUGUCCAUCUCUCUCUCUCUCUCUCUCUCUCUCUCUCUCUCUCUCUCUCUCUCUCUCUCUCUCUCUUAACACUGACUGUGGAGGACUUGAGCAGAUGCAGAAUGCUAAGUGGUGGGCAGUCUGCUCUGCAGCUGUGGACAGCAAGUCUGACCGAAGGACUCGGUCUGUCAUUGGAAGACAAGGACACCAUUCAGACAAGCGCCCUUUCAAACACAUUACUGAGCAAGGGAUGGGGGGUGUAAAGCAACGAGCGUGGCGUCCCGACGUCUCCACUUCCCUGUGCAUGUGUCGCCCCCUGGAGGCUGGGAGCUAGAACGACUCCAUCCCAUCUGAAGGACUGUAGCACUGAGAGGAACUGAGCUUCCAGAUUUUGAGGAGUUUUCAUAAAACUCGAUGAUCAGAAGAAUACAUGAGAAGAAUGCCAAAAUCUUUAUUUUUAUGCAUUUUAGUAUAUUUUAAAUAGCUUUGGAAUCUAACAGAAAGAGUUGUAAGUAAUCUUGCCAAUGGUGCAGGGCUAGCUACAAUGAAAAUGAUCCUGUGUGUGUAUACAGAUAAAGAACAUAUAUUAUAUAUAUUAUAAAUAUAUAUAUAUACUUGGAUAGAACUAUAUUAACACACACACUCUCAGCUCAUGUCAUUGUUGAUUUCUGUUGUGUAAAAGACUGAGUGAAGGGAUGGCUGUUUUUAGGUGACGUUUUGUUAUUUUUGGUCUUACUGUUGUCGCUGAGGUUCUGUGAUUUGGAUGCACCUCUUACUGUAAAUAGUGAAAUCAUUGCAACUACAAUCAAUGUGGACCCAGCUGUGGGAGGGGGUGGGGAGACCUUGGGUAACCUCAGCACUGGAGUCCUGCAUUAGCCGGCCACCCAGGUCACCCCAUCUACCAUCCCUCAUCUCUCUCUCUCUCUCUCUCUCUCUCUCUCUCUCUCUCUCUCUCUCUCUCUCUCUCUCCUCUCUCUCUCUCUUUUAACCCCACACUCUCCAUCUGUCUCUAUCUGUGUCUGUGUGUUUCUUCUGUCCUGUUUUUUCUCUUAUUUGUGAUUUUAUUUCCUUUUUUAAGGUAUAGUACUCGUCAGUACUUAAGUUUUACCUCCUAUAUUUCUCACGUGGUGAAUUAAAAACUUGUAUUUUCUUUUUAUAUGGUUUUUAACACUAUCGACAGUUUUCAUCUCUUUUGCUUACUUUUUAAUUAUCUUUAUUUUUCAUUUUUAUUUGCACAAAAGCACUAAGAUGAUUGGUUAGUCAGCCACACACUGGCAAAGCAGCAACAGGUUUGGCAUCAAUUGGCCCUGAUGUUAGUCGGGAGGAAUGUCAUGCAAGUUGGCAUGGUUGUUGGCCAAAGGGUCAAGCUGUUUGCAGUGGAGAUGUAGAGACUGUUGUCUGUCCGUUUCGGCUCAUGUUCCUAUCUCUGAUUUUGUUUUUAUCAAACCUGUGAAUAAGAUAUGUUUUUUUUUCCAUGAUUUUUUUUUAUUUCGUUAUUUUAUUCCACUUCUCUACAGAACAGUUGAAUCUAAAAAGAUUGAAUAAAAUGAUGGUGAUAGAAGAGAAA